AUGGUGUCGCUGGAGGCUACUGGGGCGGAAACAACAGCGGCAAUGUCCUUUCUCCACGUACAGGACAAGGUUGACAUCGCUGGCUACAACACGCCGAUGCAGACAGUCGUAUCUGGCGACAAACAGGCUAUCGAGGUCGUGGCGGCACAUUUCGCUGGAAAGCUUGGCCGUAAGGUGAAGAUGCUCGACUUGUCGCAAGCAUUCCACUCGUCGCACAUGGACGAUAUGCUGCCACUCUUCCGGGCCGUGGUGAAAACGCUGCAAUUCAGCCGACCUAAGCUGCCCGUGAUCAGCAGUCUGACUGGCCUACUGGCUGAAGAAGGACAACUGGAACAACCCGAAUAUUGGGUCCAGCAGGCAAGGCAGGCGGUUCGCUUCAGUGAUAGCAUUCAAACGAUUUACCACCAGCAUGGUAUCGACAUAUUCCUGGAGCUCGGUCCGCAUCCCGUGCUGUUGGGCCUCACAGCAGCAUGUCUUACGAGUCAUCAAUGUCAUGAUGACGAUGACAACGCAUCGCCUCUCCUUUUGCCCUCUCUCAGAACGGGUAAGCAAGAUGACAUCUCGGUCGUGCGACGCAGUCUUGCCGAGUUGCACGUGAGGAAUGUGCCCAUUGACUGGCUCGCAUACUUCAAGCCAUGGGGUUGUCAAUUGGUAACAUUGCCAACCUAUGCCUUCCAACGUGAUCGCUGGUUCAGACAGCUGCGGGCGAUGUCUGUUGGCCUUAACGGCAACACAGUGGUAGGCAACGACCAGGCUGACGGGCCUCCCUCCAGCGGGGACACUGACCGUUUUCAAUUCGAGGUCGUCUGGCACCGAUUGAACAAGGAGAAUGUACAGCUGAAGGACAGUAGCCGCUCGUGGGGUUUGAUUUGCCCGGCUGGUAAUGGAAAGUGGGCAUCAACUGUCACAAGGGCCUUAUCCCAGACCGUGAUACGGUUAACUCGGGUGCAGCGACUCGAAGAGGCGCAGCAGCUAGACGGGCUGCUAUGCCUAUGGGAUACAUCGUCCUCCACAGACAUUCCACGCCAGGCCUCUCAACACACCACACAAGCGCUCACCCAGCUCCAGAUGGCAGCGACAACCAGCUUUCCGCUGCCACUAGUUUGGGUCACCUGUCAAGCAGUAGGGACUGGCGGCUACGACGCUGAUCCUGGUCAGAUGAACGGGCUGGGUACCGGGCCUCUGUGGGGUUUGAUGCGCACCGCUCGCAAUGAGCAUCCAGACCUUCGCCUGCGUCUCAUCGACCUAGAUGAGGAUAAGGGGGCACCAGAGGCCCUCCUCCUCGCGCUAACGCUGUCAGAAGAACCGGAAUGCGCUGUACGACAAGGACAGGUAUUUAUGCCCCGGCUACAGCAAGUGAAGAAGCUGAAGCCAGUUGUCGAGCAGCAGCGACACUUUCUGCGCCAGGAUGGUGCUGUGUUGAUCACAGGCGGCCUCGGGGGCAUUGGCAAGCGUGUGGCCAGGUGGCUGGCCACCACCCACCACGUUCACGACUUGGUGCUGAUAUCUCGUCGCGGCAUGGAAGACUCCGGUGCUGCAGCAUUUGUGGCCGAGCUCCUAAAGUUAGUUAUGGCCAUGUUCAGUGUGCAGAGACCAUUGCGCGGGGUGAUUCACGCGGCCGGCGUGGUGGAUAACGGCAUUCUCUCAGCCAUGACACCGCAGCGAUGUGCCACAACAUCUGCACCGAAGCAAGCUCUUAAGUGA